UAUUCUUCUUCCCCUCUCUUGUUCUGCACUGGUCUAUUUGGAAACCAAGUCUUAUCCAACCCAUACUAUCCAUAUUCAUCUCCCUAGGAGGAAAACGGUCGAUACAAAUCGGCGAAAAUUUCAUUCAGCACCCUCCGACCCUCCUCGACCUGCAUUAAAAGCUGGACUGCAUUAUAUGCGAGACCAAUUCCAUCAUGGUUGGAAAUUAAUUAUGCCAAAACUUAGUAAAUGUUUUUGCUGAUGUGGCAUACAUUGGAAAAUAUAUGGACCUCCAAAAAUUCAGAAGAUUCUGAAAUCAGAAGAGGGAUGCUCUGAGCCAAUACAUUCAACAAUUUCAGAAGCAGCAAAAGAAUCUUCCUAGUUUGUACCGGUCCCCAGUUCCUGUUAUCCGUCGGCUCUCCUCCUCUCUGUCUGUUUGCCAUUAAUGAAGCAGCAGCAGCCACUUCCUCAUGGCUCCAGGCAACCCGAGGCAGAGGAAGUAGGAGGAGGAGGAGAGUUUAACCCGAGGGAAUGGGCUCUGAGGGCGAGGACGAUAAGCCGGGAUAACACCAUAUCAAGAAGGUUCUCAGCUUCAAACAUCAGUAGGUUCAGGGAAGACGACAGGUCUUUCAGGUCUAACUUCACCAUUUCGAGCACGGCUUCUUCUCCUGGCUAUCUUCUCACAGAUGAAAUUGACCCGUCGACAUACUCAUUCACUACUGCUCUUAAAGCGCUGCAGGCAAGAACCGGAUGCGUGUGGGAGUGUUUGUCGCCGGAAGGAUUUGCUCUGAGCUCGAAGUGGAACGAGGCAGAAAAGUACAUCUGCAACCCACUGUCAGGAGAGUUCCCAACGGAUUGCCUCUCUGCAAAGACCCUCAGUGGAAGGUCCCUCCAUAACCUCACCAGCAGGAUCACAAUGUCUGCCCCUCUCAUUUACCCUUCUCAUCUAUCAACGACGCACUCCCUUACAAUGCCCGCUUCUCCCCCUCCCACUGUCCCAGGAAAGAAGUUGGGGGUCAUAAUGACUAGGGAUGUGGGGAUUCAAAGCACACCCGGCGAGUUCAGCUCAGGAAGCGCGAGUCCCACUUCGACUCUUUCGAUGGCAGGGACAAUACGGUUGAAGCAAUUAGGAGAAGAAGCCCAGGAAUCCGGAAAAGAGGUCGGGGAAAAAGAAGCUGCAGCAGGAGCUGAUGAUAGAAAGGAAGAGAGGGAGCAGGGAAGGGAAGAGAAGCAGAGGAUGGGUUGCAAAUUGGGGAAGGAUGGAACAGGGUGCUUGUCGCGGAUAAGGAAUUCGCGUAGACAGGAGAAGAACAAAUCCAGGAAGAUGAAUACAUUCCUCUGCUCCUGUUGAAAGAGUUUCAGUUUGUCCGGUUCUUUUUCUUUUUCUUGGGGAAGAAUGUCAUCUUUUUUAAAUUCAUGGAAUGUUUGGACAUUCAUUAGGAUAGAUCCGGGAAGUCAAGUCUGAGGAAAAUGAUUUUCCAAUUGAGAAUAUUUCUCUAAUGAGUUCUCUCAAUAUUGCGUGUAGUCACCAAGCGUACGAGGUCGGUAUAGAACCAACCGUAGAGGGUCCGGUUGAUGCAGACCAAUCCUCCGAGAUCAGUAUCGAACCAUAGAGGAUCUUGUCUUCUUCCUGUAAAACUAUGCGAAAACAGAAGGCGUUUUCCUUCACAUCUGAUAGGUUUGUGCUUUGGUUCUUUCCCACCAAGAUGGAAAUAAGAUUUGGUUUAACUGCA